AAAGUUCAUCUUUUUUCUGUCUCGUAUUUAUACUUGUGUUAAUCGACUAUUUCAUAUACCUCGAACAGCUCUUACUUUUUGUGCAAAACUGGUCAAUGGUAAAUUAAAAAUGCGGUGCAAGAAGGAAGAGGAAUGCCUUGGAAGUUUUUUUUGGAAUGAGAGAGCUCCGAAAUUCGGUUGUGGCAUUCGCCAAAGAGCAUAAUACAAGAAACAGAAGGGGAAUUUAUAGCUUGCAUCCGACUACACAAAUAAAAGUCUCUAUUAGGUUGGACAGUAAAUCUCUGUAUCUACUCUUUGCGAAAUCAUACAACAUACAUACGACAGAAAAUACAUAUUUUACAAACUACUUGAAUAUUUCCACGGAAAACGACAAACGGUUAAUAUUCGCGAACUUCUUUGAUAUAAGUUAUUUAGAACGAAUUUUAAAAGAGCAGAAAUUACACCCAACUUUUUUUUUUAUAUUCUCAAACAAGCAUUCCCUCCAAUUUUUAGGAAUCAAAAACAUACUUGAAAGUAGCUCAAAAUUGAGUUCAAAUACGAGUCCGGAAAAGGAGAAAGCUCCCACAAACAACGAUUCCCUUGAUGACCAUGUCAAUUUGAAAGAAACUAUUCGCAAUUUAAAUGAGGAAAUCAAAGAUGUGAUGUUUGAGAUAUUGAAAUAGAUAAAACAGAAUAAAAAAAGAAGUAAUAAGAAAUGAG